AUGAGUGUCCCCAUGCUGAAGAUCGGGGCGGUGCUGAGUACUAUGGCCAUGGUCACAAACUGGAUGUCCCAGACGCUUCCAUCUCUUGUGGGACUUAACGGCACCAGCAUCUCCAGAGGUGGCACCUCUGAAAGGAUCGUCAGCGGCCUGUACCCCAUUCCAGAGGAGGGCUGGCAGGUUUACAGCUCUGCGCAGGAUGCAGAUGGGAAGUGCAUCUGUACGGUGCUGGCUCCGGCUCAGAACAUGUGUAACAGAGACCCGCGCAGCAGACAGCUCCGACAGCUCAUGGAGAAGGUCCAGAACAUCAGCCAGUCCAUGGAGGUGCUGGACUUACGGACAUACAGAGACCUCCAGUAUGUAAGGAACACAGAAAGCCUGAUGAAAGUGGUGGAUGGGAAACUGAAGGUGGCCUCUGAUAACCCGCGCAGCCUCAAUCCAAAGGGCUUUCAGGAGUUGAAGGACAAGGUGACCCAGCUGCUCCCCCUGUUGCCCGUUUUGGAGCAGUACAAAACUGAUGCCAAAAUGAUCCUGAAACUGCGAGAAGAAGUGAGGAAUCUUUCUCUGGUGCUGAUGGCCAUUCAGGAGGAGUUGGGCGCCUACGACUAUGAAGAACUGCGGCAGAGGGUCCUGCUGUUGGAGACCAGGCUACACUCCUGUAUGCAGAAGCUAGGUUGUGGAAAACUCACCGGAGUCAGUAAUCCCAUCACUGUGCGGGCGUCAGGGUCACGGUUUGGCUCCUGGAUGACAGACACCAUGAUCCCCAGCUCAGACAAUAGAGUCUGGUUCAUGGACGGCUACUUCAAAGGGCGCCGCGUGCAGGAGUACCGCACCAUGAACGAUUUCAUGAAGACCCAGAAUUUCGUGCAGCACCAAUUGCCGCACCCCUGGUCUGGCACGGGUCACGUGGUCUUCAACGGCUCCUUGUACUACAACAAGUACCAGAGCAACAUCAUCAUCAAAUACCACUUCCGCUCCCGCAGUGUGCUGAUACAGAGGAGUCUUAGCGGCGCGGGCUACAACAACACUUUUCCCUACUCAUGGGGCGGAUCUUCAGACAUCGAUCUAAUGGCGGACGAGAACGGUCUAUGGGCCGUGUACACCACUAUCCCGAACGCGGGGAACAUCGUCAUCAGCCGCUUGGAGCCUCAGAGUCUGGACGUGCUUCAGACUUGGGACACCGGAUUCCCCAAAAGAAGCGCGGAUUUGAUGAUCUUUCUAUCAAUAAAAGUGCAGUGGUGA